GGUUAUAAGCGUUUGUUAUUUUAUUUUCAGGCAGUUCAGUGUAACAUGGCGAUAUAUUCGCAUCGCCACGCAGAAAAAAUACUGUGUUGUUUUUUAAUAUUAUUGUGCCCUUCAUUUACUGCCUUUUCGGAUAACGUUUACUCGCCAGAGUUUUAUUCUGUUUCACAAGAGCCGCCAGUUGAAAAUGAGGACUACAAAAAAAUCCGUUUUGAAGUGCGCGGAAGAAAUAUUCAUAAAGGCGUUCGCAUCAAAGCAACGGAAAAUAAAUCUGAAAGAGGUGUUGAAUGUGAGGACUUGAAAUCCAACUAUAACUUUACCGAAAUACAGACAUUCGAAUUUCAAAAGGCAGAAUAUGAAUUGACAGUGCCAAGAAAUUUACAGGGUAAUAUUUACCUCUGUUUACCAAGUCAAGUCAUUAAAAAUAGUGGUGUUCCUCCUUUAUUCAAUAGUGAAAUAUUUAAGUGGUUUAGUCAAGGACCUAAUGUUACUUUGGAUAUUACUUCCAAAUAUAAUGCUUCCCUUCAGAGAAGGGCCCUCCCGACCGCCGCCGACGCCCCCCCUUCCCCUUCGGACAUCCGCAUCUUCGGCAUUAGGCUGGAGCGCGCCUACAAGGACCCCGACUUCGACGAGACGGGCGUGCCCUUGCUGCUGGCCCACAGGGAGCACACGCUGCGGCUGUUCGGCGAAGGGUUCACGCCCUCCAUGGUGGUGACGUUCACGACCAGGACGGGCGAUUGCAUUCUGCCAGUCGGCAACAUCUUCCACGUGGACAAUGCCAGUUUCUCCGCCACCACGGUCCUGGUGAAGAUCAACCUGCCGCCGUUCUCCGGAGACGAGGAGACCUACUACGUGUGCGCUAAGGAUGGCGCCCUGGGACCGAACAAGGUGUUCCAGCACCAGGGCACCGUCUAUUGGCUGCAGAUCAAGAUCUUCGAGAACGCGCUGCCCCUGUGGGCCACUCUGGUCAUCAUCGUGCUGUGUUUGGCGUUCUCGUCGCUGUUCUCCGGGCUCAAUUUGGGGCUGAUGUCGAUGGACAAGACAGAGUUGAAGAUUCUGUGCAAUACAGGUUCGGCAAGAGAACGAAAAUACGCUAAAAUCAUUCAGCCUGUGAGGAAUCACGGUAACUACCUGUUGUGUGCAAUUCUUCUCGGCAACGUCUUUGUAAACUCGAUUUUCACCAUUCUGCUGGAUGGCCUGACGUCCGGAUUGAUAGCAGUUAUUUUUUCGACCCUGCUCAUCGUUAUGAUUGGUGAAAUUACACCGCAGGCUGUUUGUUCCCGUCAUGGUUUGGCCAUCGGUGCUAAAACCAUUUACAUCACGAAGUUCGUGAUGAUACUGACUUUUCCGCUGUCCUACCCCAUUGCUAAGUUUCUGGAUUGUGUACUUGGCGAAGAAAUCGGAAACGUAUAUACCAGAGAACGAUUGAAGGAAUUAGUAAAGGUGACAACAGGCGAAAAUGACCUCGACAGAGACGAAGUGAACAUCAUCAGCGGAGCGCUAGAGCUGCGCCGAAAGACGGUCAGAGACGUGAUGACCAAGAUCGAGGACGUGUUCAUGCUGGACUACGAGUCCGUGUUGGACUUCGAAACGGUCUCCGAGCUGAUGAAGAGCGGAUUCUCGAGGAUACCGGUGUACGAGAGCAACAGACAGAACAUCGUCACCAUGCUGUACAUCAAAGAUUUGGCCUUCGUCGAUCCCGAUGACAACACGCCGCUGAAGACGCUAUGCCAGUUCUAUCAGAAUCCGUGCAACUUCGUUUUCGAAGACGUCACUUUGGACGUCAUGUUCAAGAUAUUCAAGGAGGGCAACAAGGGCCACAUGGCGUUCGUCCAUAGGGUGAACAAUGAGGGGGAGGGAGAUCCGUUUUAUGAGACUAUUGGUCUGAUCACUUUGGAGGAUGUUAUUGAGGAGCUGAUUCAGGCCGAGAUCAUGGACGAAACUGAUGUUUUCACUGACAAUCGUUCUAAACGAAGAAGAACUGCCGAAAGAAGACAAGAUUUCACUGGUUUUGCUGAAAAACGUGGAGAACCUAGUAAAAUGAGAAUAAGUCCUCAGUUGACUCUUGCUGCCUAUCAGUAUUUGAGUACCAGUGUGGAACCCUUCCAUCAUAAUGUGAUAUCUGAAACUAUACUUCGUAGACUCUUGAAACAGGACAUUGUGGUGCACAUAAAGAAAAACAAGGAAUGGCGCACUGACCCUACGAACGUGAUAUACCAACAGGCUAAGCCGGUCGACUUUUUCGUCAUCAUUCUCGAAGGACGAGUCGAGGUUACCGUUGGCAAAGAAAAUUUGGUGUUUGAAGGUGGACCGUUCACUUAUUUCGGUACUCAGGCGUUGGUACAAACCGUUGGGAUAGAAUCCCCCUCUGUGGCGCCCUCCACGAUGGGCAGCCUCGAGUCCCUCAACAUCGACUCCCUCCUGCGUCACACCUUCAUCCCGGACUAUUCGGUGCGAGCCUCCACCGAGGUGCUCUACCUCAAGAUCAAGCGCAGCCUCUAUCUGGCGGCCAAGAGGGCCUCGCUGAUGGAACGGUCCAAGAGGGGGGAGCACCAGACCGAGCAGCAGUUCGACGAGGAAGUUGACAAGCUCCUCCACUCGCUGGACGAAGACGACUCGGUGAGCGCUGGCCGGCAAACGCCGCGCCGGAAAUCGUCCCGCAAGUCGCAGGAGAUCAAGGAGGCCACCUCGUCCAAGGACAACCUGUCGCUGCCGACCAGCCCGAGGACGCCUGCGCACUACAGCAACGCGAGCCCGCCGCAUCGCAUGUCGGCCAGAGACAUCAACGGGAUAAAAUCGAGUCCGGUGGAGGACGGGGAAGAGAUAUCGCUGCUGCCGCGGCGGUCAUAGCGAAAUGGAUCGGCUCUAUUCGGUUAGAGUCUGCCAGCAGGACGGUACGCAGGAUGUUCCUCGAACAUUAUAGGGAUUCUCUUUCGUGCGCACCAACCGAUAAAAAAACUAUUAUUGAACUGAGUAGGGUCAUUGAAAUCCUCAUCCUCAUUGAAUCAUCACAGAAUCAGUGGCCAAAUAUAAUAGGAAAGAUCAAGCCGAUUGAUCUACAGCUUAAAUGGAUAUCUGUUUCAAUUCAAGUUUCAUGCAUGGUAUCCCAAGACAGUCUCUGACCUGUCAUGUGCCUGCGGCACCCCUGGUACUAUCAUACUGUUGCCCAUUUCAGAAGUAGCAGUCCUUUAGGGUUUAUGAAACUGAGAUGCAGGAUUAUUAGUAUUAUAUAUUUCAAUCAUUAGCUUAGGCUCCAUAAAAAUAAUUUCUUGGGUUCCAAUAUUGCUAGCAGUACUACUGGUAAGAGUGAACAGUUCAGGGAGAACUAACAGUUGAUAAUAGUUGAUUAAUGUUUUUGCAGUGAACAUGUGAAAAAAAUUUCUGUCUCAGAUAAUUUUGUCUCAUAAUGAAUUAUAACCUAUAACCACUCUGUCAGUAACUUUGGAGUCAAUAAAGUUGCUAGUACUGGUUAGGAAUAUUAGAACUAGAGGAUUAUCAUUUUAUCAGUCAACCAUAAUACCUUGUAUAUGUGUUAAUAUAGAUUUAAUGUGUUGUAUGUUUCACCAGGUUAUCUAUAUUGAUAGGAUAUUUUUGAAAUUUAUUAUUGAUGACCCAUAGUUUUGGCCUCUUUUGUUUUUAAUGCUGAAUUUUAUAUUGAAUUUUAUUUUCAUCACCUUUGUGAUUAUGUUGAAACUUCAAGUCCAUCCUGGAAGUCAUUUUAUAUGAACAUGGUUGGUAAUCUGAAUAUCUUCUGUGGAUAUGAGGGAACCAAACUGUCAGUUCACAAAAAAUUACCUUCGUUUUUAUUUUAAAUAACAGAUUACCUAAUAUUUUUAUAGGAAGUAUUUUUUUAAAGAAAAGCUUAAUAUGUUUUUGUUAUUACUUAAGAAAAGCUGAGAUACUAUGAUUUAUGUUUUUCAUUUGAAUGUUUCACUGAUUUUUUACGCUGUUUGUUGACGUUUUUUUAUUGUUUUUAUGUGAGGAAAACCAAUUAUGAAUGGUGCUUUAUAAUUUUCCUGUUGAAAGUAUAUAUUUAGAUGCAGUUGAAAUAAAAUAUGAAAUUU